AGUGUAUGGUUUUUGAAUUAUUGAGUUGUAAUCUUUAUGAGUUUUUGGCAAUAAAUGAAUUUUAAGGAUUUGAACUUGAUUUAGUCAGAAGAUUUGCUAUAUAGAUAUUGUAAGCACUUUUGUAUUUAUCUGAAUGUAAUAUAAUUCAUUGUGAUUUGAAACCUGAAAAUAUACUAUUAAAAGACAUAACACGAUCAGGUAUAAAAAUAAUCGAUUUUGGGUCUAGCUGUUUCAUAAAUUCUAAAUUAUACACUUAUAUAUAAGUAGUUAAUAUAAAACUUCCUUUUAGAGUAGAUUUUAUAGAGCUCCUGAAAUUUUACUUGGUAUACCCUAUUCAACAUAAAUUGAUAUGUGGAGUUUUGGAUGUAUUGUAGCUGAGCUUUUUUUAGGAAAUUCAUUAUUUCAAUCGAAAUCUGAAAAAGAAUUGUUAUUUCUUUAAGUAUCAAUAUUGGGAAAACCUUCAAAUCAAUUUUUAGAUUGUUGUCCUAAGAAACAUAAGUUUUUCAAUGCAAAUUAUGAGCUUCUUAGUAUAACAAAAGAUAGUGAUUUAAUAAUUGCUAUAAAACCUUUAAAAGAAUAACUUUAAUCAGUAUCACCUAUAUUUUAUGAUGUAUUAUAAUAUUGUAAUAAUUUAAGUUCGUAAAUAAAUGUUUAUAAUGGGAUCCAAAUAUUAGAAUGAAAGCAGCUGAAGCUUUGAUGCAUCCUUGGAUAAUUGAAGGGUUACCUUAGGAUAUAAAGUAAUUAUAUAUAAUGAGAUAAUAUAAUAGAAAAUAGCAUAUGUAAUAGAUGAAACUUUACUUAUAAUAAAAGAAUAAUGAUUAAUAAGGAUAAGGGAUUCAAUUAAAAUGA